AUGCUGCAAUCGCUGCAAUCAGCGCUGAGGGGAGAAGACAAGAUAAAGUGUUUCUUUUGCGGAGCAAGUGCACCACGGCGGGUAAAUCACAGCAAUACACCACACGCACACGCAAUCUCAUUCACAUGCGCCUCGUGCCACCAACACAACGCUUACGGGGAGGACGGGGAGGUCCAGGAUGUAUACGCGCCCGUGACAGCCGCCACGCAGCACCAGCUGCGCUACCGCGGUCGAGGGCGUGGUGUGACGGCGGAUGCACACACACAUGCGCACACAAACGGAGAGAGAGAGAGCGACAGCCCCCUCUGUCGUACGUGCACGACUAACCAGACACUCGUGCACACUCUCCUCACUAACAACCAGGACGAGUGCGACGGCGAUGCGCAGCUACAGCGGUAUAGGCACGCGCUUGAGACCCGUUAUCCCCCGCUUUGCUCUCCUUGUAAGGCCAUGGUCGAUGAGAUCAUCCAACAGCGCGAUUAUAAGGCUAAAUCGGCUGCUUUGGGUGGACUGCUCGCGCGUAGUCGCGGGAGUGGUAGUAGCGGUCGGAAUAGCAAUAACAAUAGCAAUAACAAUAACAAUAACAAUAACAAUAACAAUAACAAUAACAAUAACAAUAGCACUAGCAAUAACAAUAGCCUCAAACACUCACGCUCCCACUCCCCCGUCGGACGUUACUCGUAUCUUGUGUGGUGUCUGCGCGGUGCGGCGUGGGUGUUGAACAAUGCACUGUAUUGGCGCUUGCACUGGUGUGCUUAUAAGCACUGGUAUGUGUGUGGGUAUGGACAUGCACAAGAUACACUACCGCUCUCACUCCCCCUCACUCACCCCCUCGCUAUCCCACUCACGCUACUGUUCGCGUGCUGGGACCCGUCGUGGGGGCGAGCGCAGAAGCGGCGACGGCGCAGCGGGUGGGUCGUAGUGCGUGGGCGGGCGAUGUGGAUACGCGUGCAGCUGCUCGUCUGGCUCGAGCGGGCAUGUCUAGUGCUCGCACUGGCGCUGGGCCUGCAGGUUAGGAGUGAGAGUGGGGUGUCACAAGUAUCGCUCAGGCAAACUAAACACCUCACUCUCCCUUUCGCCCCACUCACCCUGCUACUUUUCGAAGUCGUCGUCCAGGCUUUCGCCCUCUCGCGUAUCAGCGUCGUCGGGAUGCGCCAACUUAACCUGUCGUCGACGGUUGGGCGGGGAGGGAGUGAAUAUGCUGGAGUGGCUGCAAGCAGUACAAAAGAUACUCCGUCUACUCAGCCUACAGACGCAGCAGCAGCAGCAGAUAAUCUCCACCAUGCCCUCACCUUGGGCAACUUGGGCACCGCGGAUAUGGACACGCUCAAGUCGCAGAAGUUGCCUGUGUUUGGCGAGGCAUCACUCCGGCCGAGGGAUGAGCGUGGAGAAGGGGAAACAGAGGGAAAACAAGAUAAAACAAUGGAUAAUGAUGAAAUGGAAUGGAUACCCGAAAUAGAAAGCACUAGAGAGAGUCGUCAGCACCCUCGUUAUAAUCACGCGCUCAAACCACAGCGGUUCUUUGCACCACAGGAUAAACAGCGCACGGGAUUGGAAGGGCCAUUGAGUAGUGUGAGCCUGGGUGGUAUGAGUGAUGUUAACAGGGGUGCUGAUAGGGAGAAGAACGGGAUGAAGAUGGGAGUCGUGGUGGGCGUGUUGUUUGGUAUAAUACUGGUACUACUCGCAGCUGUGUUUGCUUAUAGUAAAUAA